UUUGAUACGAUUAACAACACUGCCUAUCAAGCGCGAAUUUUCACGCAUUCUGCCUCAUAUAUCUUUGUCGUGCAUUUUUAUAAAACAAAAUAAAAGAAAACAUGCCCAAGACUAAGAAGAAGCAAAAGGCCUCCUCCUCUGAGAGCGAUAGCGGCCCGGAGGAUCGCAAUCCGCCGCCAAGCAAGAAAGCGAAGGAAUCUGCAGCCCCGGCGGAAAGUAAAUCCGCUUCCGGAGAUUCGGCCGGAGGUGGGGCCACCACUUGGACCUUGGAAGGACUUCGCCAGGUGCGAAUCAACGAGUUCCGCGGCCGCAAGAUGGUGGACAUCCGAGAAUACUACGAGAAAGGCGGUGAGACCCUGCCCGGCAAAAAGGGCAUCUCCCUGUCCAUAAAGCAGUGGAAGAAACUCCUUGAAGUGGCGGAGGAGGUCACCCGCGCCGUUGAGAAUUAAAAUGUGUAAAUCCACACCAAGCUCUAAGUCCUAAGGAUAUAUGUAAUUACUCUAAACUUUGUUAGCCAGCAUUUAAGUGGGAACUUCCCAGUGAAUAAACUACGACGUUACAAGGA